GAAAAAAGGUUUCCGCCUCCGAUAACAAUACGCUGAGAGGAGAAUGGGACCCAGAGAUUUCCUCUGCCUGCUGCCCACAACUGACCAUACCCUGUUCUCUUCUUUCUCGGCUUUCUAUCCCUGUCUUCCAGCUCAUCACAGCUGUAUGGGUGUAUGUACACCUCCGAAAACGCCGGCAGAGCCAGCGGGUGGUCCCUCCGCUGGCGCAAAAGUGUGUGUGCCGCUGCGCGGUCGCCGUUCUGCGGUGUGUUUAUUGUCCGUUUUCUGGAAAGAAAAGUACUCUUUAGUUUGUGUCUACGUUUCUCGCGUUCGCUAACAUGGACGGAAGGGUGUGCAUGCGCUCCUCCUUUCCCGCUCUCUCACCUCGAGGAAGAAUCCAGUAAAAGACCAUCACGUAUUCUUCCGACACGACAGGAUAUCUUGCUUUUUUGUGGCAGUUCAGCCAUGGGCCGAUGUCUCCAUUCGGCAGGUUGCUUGUUUCGUUUUUCCUCAGUCCUCACUCUCUGUGCCUCUCCACUGGUUCUCAAGUGUCUCCCCUUUUCUCGCAUUUUUCCUCCCAAUUUCCUCUCUCUUCCUCGCCAUUUUCCUCUCUCUUCCUCGCCAUUUUCCUCGCGACUUUGGACUUUCGUCCGGCUGGUGUCGUGACGACAGCCUCCACCCUCGAUGGAACCUGUGGCAUGUCGUCGCAGGCGAAAGGGUGGGAGAGAAGAAGGACGAGCAAAGCCGUCUCCGCUCAUGGAAAACGACGCUUCUCUUCUUUCCCCUGUCUCUCUCUGUUCUCCAAAUGCCGCCUCUCUCGGGUCUCCUCCCCUGUUUCAUCCUUCUCUCGUUCUUCCUCUCACGUUUCUGUUCAGCGAAAAUACUCUUUGGAGAGGCUGAUCUUUUCCGGCAAAGAGUGGCUCCGGGAGCCGCACAACUGCAAACGUCCUCUCCUCCACAUCGUUUUUCUCCCUCUCUCGCUGCUCUUUUGUGCAUCCCAAAACGGUCUUUUUCAUCUCCCGCGCAUUCGGUUUCUUCGUCCUCAUCUUCUUUUCGUCCCUCUUCUUCUUCCUCAUCUUCUUUUCGUCUGUCGUCUUCUUCCUCUUCUUCCUCGUCUUCCUCUUCUUCUUCCUCUGCUCGUCUUCGAGCUUCGUCUUCUUCCUCAUCUGCCCUUCGCACCUCUUCUUCUGCUUCCUCCCAUUCGUCGCUCUCUUCUCUUUCCUCUCCUUUGAAUCGUCCACUGUUUUCUCGUUGCCCAUGUGGAACGACGAACGAGGAAGGCGCAUCUCUUCUCUGUAUACGAGCUGCGGGCCUCUCUUCCCCUGAGCCUCCUCCUCGGGGCUUCAGUCUUUCAAACGCAUGCGCAAGUGUUCCCGCAUUUCUUUCUCUCUCUCAUCUCUCCCUUCUCUCUGAGGUGUCUCGGACCUGCCUUUCCACAGCGCAGCGGCCCCUCCGGAGCGGCCUGCAUGCAACGAGAAGAAGCGCGGCUAGCGAGAGUCCUGGCGUCGCCGCCUGCGCGCUGUUCUGGGCGUCUGUGGGCAUCCCGCGCUCCGCGCUGCGAGGCUACUCAGGCUGGGCAGCAUGGCGAGUCGCAAGGGCAGAAACAGCCGCGGAAAGACUUUUGCCUUCCUCGACAAAGGUCCACAUGGUUUGGGGAUACCCCAUUUUCGGAGACGAUCCGAAGAAACUACGAAGAAAGAAGGUGGACCACGCCUGGGAACGCGGCCUGAGUCGAGCGAACUUGGCCUGGGAGUAUGAGACAGCGAACAAGCUGGCUCAAGGCAUCUACUACAUCAAAGAGGAGCACUCAAUUCACUCGAUGGAAGAAGAAGGCUUGGGGUCCACGGACGACAUGAUGCUGACAGCCGAACAGGCUGCAGGGAACGUGGAGAUCGAUCCGGAGGAGAUUGAGAAAAUCAAGAGAGUCCUUCCGAUAGUCGAUCGAGGAGAUGGCGUGGGAAUCGCGACUUUGAUAGGAGCUAAGGACGGCAUGUUUGCGUUUCGCUACAAUGGGCCUCUGACUCACAAAUUCGGAUUUAAGCAAUGGCUGAGAUAUCUCAUCACAGCGAACUAUCCGGGCGCCAAGGUGCGUCUGGUGACCGAGCACUCGAUUGACCCUGAAGAUCGACCAGGCAAUCAAAAGCAUCGUCUUCCAGAAGAAAUGGUGGCACAGAUUCGGAAAGUCGUCUUCUGGAGACGGCCGUACCAGUACGAGAAUGAACAAGAAGCUUACGGUCCGAACCCACUGGGUCAUGUCUCGUCGCCGCAGCAGAUUCGCUAAAGACAAGACUUUCUACAUCGCAGGGAGUUUGAGUAGUCUCUUCUCUUCCAGGGUGCGUGCAACCGUGGAACAGGGUUGUUCAUAUAUAUAUCUAUACAUAUAUCUAUAUCUAUAUAUAUAUAUAUUCAUAUACAGUUGUGUAUGAAUGUGUAAUAUAUAUGUGUCCAUGUACGUAUGCAUCUCUGUAUACCUUUAUUUGUUAUUGUAUCUAGAGCCGCUGAGUACGUAUUUUGGACACGUACACUCGACGGCGGCAAAAAGAUGUCGUCAGAAAAAUGUGUAGUUACGAUAAAUACGAGAGUAAAGAGGAGAUACGUGAAACGUGGAAGCGUUUUUGUGCGAUGACACACGUGACUCUCAGGUCGGUUGUUCCUCAGGUCAAACGAGAAUUCGCGUCCAAUAAACAACUCUCUGGAAGAAGUGCUGUCUCGAUUUGACAGUGCACACUUUCCUCAGUCUUCUCAGUUUGUGUGGGACGGCAAACGAUGUCGCAUCUGAGGAGAAACCUAAUUCGUACUGGUAUCUUUUGGAAAACGUUGCAUUGCUCGUAGGGGCGCUAUUGUGCCUUUUAGCUUCCGUUUUUCGCACCGAGC